UAGAAGAAGCCUUUCACGCAUUCGAGCUCUUCAGAAGAGUUAAUUAACAAUAUAUCACAGUUUACCAGUUAUUUGUGUUAUUUAACGUAUUUACUUUUGAUAAGAGGUGAGGAACUCAUUUUACAAGUUUUAUUUGACCGACGACGAAAAAACUGGUCAGAAUGGCUGCAGACUGGAUUGGCUGUCUUGUUUCUAUCCACUGUGGACCAACUUUAGGAGUGUAUCAAGGAGAAGUAUCUUCAGUAGAUCAGACCAGCCAGACCAUCUCUCUCAGACAUCCCUUCCACAAUGGAGUCAAGUGCACUGUGCCUGAGGUCACCUUUAGUGCCAUGGACAUUAAAGAUCUCAAAAUCCUGGAGAUCCGUAAGAGCUCCACUGAAGUCCCAAAGCAGAAUGGUCCAGACACCAACUCCACAUUGACUCCGCAUGGCGGACGCAAGGAUAAGGGUGGUGGUGGUGGCGCCCCGGUCAAUAGCACUCCUGUGAUGGUACCUAAUAAAACUGAACCCAAAACGCAGGAAGGAGGGAUGUCUCCAGUGCCACACUACUCAAAAAGUUACGGUGAACGUCACAUGGACAUGGCUGUCCAAAGUAAAGGCUUUAGACGAAGACACAACUCCUGGUCGUCUAGUUGCAGAGGUCCAAAUCAGGCCACACCCAAAAAGAAUGGGUUGAAGAACGGAGGUCAUAUGAAGAACAAAGACGACGAAUGUUUUGGAGACGGUAUGGACGAUGUUCCCGAUGAGGACUUUGAUUUUGAGGGGAACCUGGCGCUGUUCGACAAGGCUGCGGUGUUCUCGCAGAUCGAUUCGUCAGAACGCCGAGGCAAUGGCGCGAGAUCUCGAGGAACGCCUGGAGAGCAAACGCCAUCACGAUACCGGCAUGACGAGAACAUCUUAGAGGCCAAACCCGUCGUCUACAGACAGAUCAUGGUUCCACAGAAUGGAACAAAAGAAUAUAGCACUGACUCAGGGCUGGUGGUACCCAGCAUCUCUUUCGAGUUGCACAAGCGUUUAUUAGCUGCGGCAGAAAGUCAUGGUCUCUCUCUGGAGCGCAGGCUUGAGAUGACGGGCAUAUGUGCAAGUCAGAUGGCCCUCACGCUACUUGGAGGCCCGAACAGACUUACCCCAAAGAAUGUACAUCAGCGGCCCACGGUGGCCCUGCUGUGUGGACCACAUGUCCAGGGCGCUCAGGGCAUCAGCUGUGGCCGACACUUGGCCAACCAUGAAGUGGAGGUCAUCCUUUUCCUGCCAAACUUCGUUAAGAUGUUGGAGGCCAUCACCAGUGAACUUGCACUUUUUGGGAAGACGGGAGGCAAACUGGUUUCUAAUGUGAAAGACUUGCCCGAGACGCCAGUUGACCUGGUCAUAAACUGCCUGGAUUCGCAUGAAAACGGAUUCUUGAGGGAGCAGCCCUGGUACAAGGCUGCCGCCGACUGGGCCAACCAGAACCGAGCCCCGGUACUAAGCAUCGACCCUCCAGUAAGUGGACAGGCACAUGCCGUGGAAGCAAAAUGGUCACUUUCCCUGGGCCUCCCGCUGCCUCUGUCCGACGGCGCCGGCCGAGUCUACCUGUGUGACAUUGGCAUUCCCCGACAGGUGUUCCAGGAAGUGGGGAUCAAAUACCACUCCCCCUUCGGAUGUAAAUUCGUCAUCCCGCUGCACUCCGAAUAAGCCGUUGACUUUCACGGUCAAGGCUCACUGAACCUGCCUUAAAGAUUUUAAGAAUGAAUGGACCUCGGUUUGAAUGUUGCAGCAGAACUGGAACUUCUCAGUCUGUAUUUCUCUCAAGUUCUUCUAUACUUCUGUGAUGAUUCCCAUCAAAGGGAAGUGACGGAAAUGAUACCAGCUCUUGUGACAAACCUGAUAUGUUAAAAGCAGAACCAACAUCAGUAUACUCGCCAUCUGAUGCAUUCUAGCAGUCUUACAAUAAUCUUUCAAACAGCCGUUUUAAUACACAAGGCUGAUUCUUUUGGGGGUGAGGCAACUUUCAUAACCCAUUAAAUGUGCAGUUAUGCCACAAAAAUAGCAACUGGCUUACACUUAAUGCGACUUGAUUGGUCUUACGGCAUUUUUGAAUCUUAUUUAAUCUCAAAUGGAAGAAUUCGCUUUUAGUUCAUAAUCGCAUAUGCUGACUUUAAUUUUUCCCAUAGAAAAUGUGCAUUAGAUGGGGGUUUCAUCUUUUUCCCCCCUUUUUUUCCUUAUUGUGCCAGAUUGAUCAAAGUCAGUGUUAAGGCACUGAGAUUAUGGCAGUUUAUUGCAUGCAAAAUUACUUGCAAAGUGUUAUUUGCUUUGUUGACCAAGCCCAGAAAUAUGACAGAUUGACUGGGAUCUUAUCAGUGAUAAAUUGUUGCACUCUUGAAUGGUAAGAUAAGUGUACUAAAAAAACUAGUUUGUGAUAUUGGUUGCUAUUGGACCAAUACUGACCAUUUUAAGCAGUCGUUGGCCAAUACCACCAGUUUUCUUACGCUAAAAUUCAUUGCUGUGCUUUACUGCAUUUCCAUUAGUUUCAGUUCUCAGUGCUCAAAAAUAAGCAGCUUAUGAAAUCCUGUUUCAAAUGGGUUUCAUAUUGAGUCAGCAUGGCUUGUUUGGUUAGAUCAAACAAGGAUCUUUUAUUAAGAAAGAUGCUCCAUGUGUUGCAAUAAACCUGCAAUAAAUCGAUUCGUGAUUUUCUUACAGGUUGUAUUAUUAUGCGCACAAACCCAUUACAAAGCAAAAGGUCAGUGUGUGCUGCACACUCAGUUCUUUUGGGUAAUGAAUGAGUUUUUCAAAAGCACUGAUAAGGACAGUUGAAAUAUUUGUUUGAAUCUGCAGAUUACCGUAUGCCUUCACAGUUAAAAUGAGAGGCACUUGUGACACGCAAAUCCUCUAUAAAAGAUCCAUAUGCAACAAUAA